GCGGCUCCGUGGGCGCUUCCGUGACCUACCCCGUGUGCGGGCUCAUCAUUGACAGCCUGGGUUGGGAGGCUGUCUUCUACAUCUCGGGCGCGCUGGGCGUGCUCUGGUGGCUGGCCUGGACCGUGCUCGUGUUCGACUCGCCCGAGGAGCACCCGAGGAUCGCGUCCAGCGAGAGACUCCACAUCCAAAAGGCCCUUGUCGGGAACGUCACUAGGAAGAAGCUACCGACGCCGUGGAGGAGUAUCCUCCUGUCGCUGCCCGUGUGGAUGAACAUCGUGGCGCAGUGGGGAGGCCUCUGGGGGUUGCUCACGCUCAUGACGCAGGCGCCCUCCUACUUCAGGAACGUCCAUGGCUGGGGCAUCCGUAUGACGGGGCUGCUGUCCGGCCUGCCGCAGCUCUGCAGGAUGCUGUUUGCCGUCGUCUUCUCCACCAUCGGGGAUUAUCUUCUCAAGAGCAACCGGAUGUCCAGGACCAACGUGCGCAAAAUGGCCACAGCAAUGUGCAACAUCGGGCAGGCCGUUUUCGUCAUCGGGCUCGCUUUUUCGGGCUGCAACAAAAUCGCUGCCAUCUUCUUUCUCACGGCGGCCACCGCGGCGAACGGCGCCGUGUCGACGGGUGCGCUUGCCAGCAUGGUUGACAUAAGCCCAAAUUUCGCCAGCAUCGUCCUGGGCAUCAACGGGGUAGUCACUGUGUUGCCAGGAUUCAUCUCCCCCAUCAUGGUCGGGGCUCUUACGUACAACAAUCAAACUGUAGAGCAGUGGCAGAUUGUAUUUGGCAUUACUGCCGCUAUGCUGCUGGUAACCGGAGUUGCGUACGUGUUGUUCGGCCGCUCGGAAGUGCAGGUGUGGAACGAGCCUGCUGAGUCCACGUCCGCCGAAGAUGACGACGCCGAAGACGACAAGACGGUUGUGACCGUGUCUUCCAAAUGCUCCGAUUCAGUACGAUCCUAAUGGGCCAAGCAAAUGCUGGGAGCAUGAGAGAAGAGCGUGGCGUCUUUCUCUCAAGCUGCGAGCGCGAGGACAGCUGGUGCAAAAGUGACUGGCUGGCCCCUACAGGGAUGGUUUUAGGCCGAGGCCCAUCCUGGGCCCAUCUGAUGGGUGGUGUAUCCGAGGGUGUGUUACACACUGUCCGUUUUACUGACUCGUGGGGAGGUUCCUAGCCCUCUCUAACCGCCCUUAAUUUGUUGUCUUUCACGAACUUGUGGGUCAUUAAUCGGGUUCAACAAUGACGUUGGACCAGUGCAAAGAGUAAAUCAAUCGCGUCUUCCUUCAUAAGCAGUCACUGCCUGUAAGAAACGUUUGUUCAUUUCUCAUGUAAAUCUUUGUAACUCGGCGAGGAAGAGUCUUUGCUAUCAGGAUCUCAUUCGUGCCAUCUUUGAAAUCUAAUGUAAGGUAAUGAUUUGUACAUACGUCAUUUGGUAGUUUAAAUGUAACUCUUAAGGUCACUAUGAUUCCAGUCAAAAAUUAAAAUUAUUUGAAAUGGGUA